AUGGCAGAAACUGACGGUCAGAAAGCAAGCAAGAAGCGUAAGGGCAACAGAGGACAGAUGAACAAACAGAUUCACAAAGCCGAAGAACUCAUGCAAAAAGACGAAUUCCUGACAUCCGAUAAAGAUGUGAUGACUGCAACAAUACAAGAUAUAAGGCAACGUCUAAAGACCAUUCAAGAAUGCGAUGACAAAAUACUGGAUGAAGCCGAAAACGAUGAAGUAUACGCCAAAAUAUUCGAAGAAGCAGAUAACUACGGAAUCAAGAUAAACGAAACUUUGGUGCAUUUCCAAAGCUUUCUAGAGAGAAACACUGAACAAAGACCGGUAACAGAGACACCCACAUCACCCGAUACUUCGAUGACAUCAAGAACAACAAGAACGGUCAACCUACCCAAGUUACAGUUACCAACGUUUGAAGGUAACAUUCUGAAAUGGACCACGUUCAUUGACGCCUUUAGGUCGUCCGUAGAUAAUGACUCUAGUCUGGAAAACAUCCAAAAAUUCCAGUACUUGAUGACACAACUAAGUGGUAAAGCAGCAAGAACUGUCAAAGGUCUGCAGUUAACCAACGCAAACUACUCAGAAGCACUGACACUCUUAGAACAAAGGUAUGGUCAACCACAUAAGAUUAUUUCUAGCUACAUGAAGGCAUUAUGGGAGCUACAACCACCCGAUAAUUCUUUAUCAAGUAUGACCAAUUUUUACGACAAUCUAGAAACCUACAUUCGUGGAUUGCGAUCUCUUGGUAAAAAGGAGGAUUACUAUGGCGAUCUACAUGUUCCGAUUAUUUUCGAGAAGUUGCCUGCAAAUACAAGAACCCAGAUUUCACGCGAACAUGGUAAUAACGCCUGGUCAAUAACAGAAUUGAAGAAAGCCAUACACAAAGAAAUCCAAGCUAGACAAGCGGGUAAUCCGAUAGAACAAUUCAAUGAGCAACACGCCACUGAAAGAUAUUCACCCUCUACAACAUCUUUUCAUGUUGGAUACAAGUCGAACAGAUCUUCCGAUUUCAAGCCUAGACCCAUCAAAUGUGCAUACUGCAAAGCCGCCCACUCAGCACAUGCUUGUGAAAUCAUAAUUGGACCCGAUAAACGUAUGGCUAUAGUGAAAAGAGACAGAUUGUGCUUUAAUUGCUUAGGACACCAUAAAGUACAUGAGUGCAAGUCUAAAUAUCGCUGUAAAUUCUGUCACGGGAAACACCAUUCUACACUCUGCAACAAUGCUAAGAAGACACCCGUGAAAUCACAAACUUCCGGUAUUGAAGACACACGUCAAACUGACACCAACUACCAGUCCAGUAUUACUUAA